AUGGUAGUCUGUCCGAGGCGAACAGAGUUCGGAUCCUCGGCUCCUUCUGUCUUGCAGCUCCAGGAGGUUUUGAAACUUGGGAACGUGACCACAGACUACCCUCUGGCCGAGACCAUCAUGAUGGUGGGCUUCUUCCUGACCGUGUUUGUGGAGCAGGUGGUCUUGACCUUCCGGAAGGAGAAGCCCUCCUUCAUUGACCUGGAGACCUUCAACGCCGGCUCGGACGUGGGCAGCGACUCCGAGUACGAGAGCCCCUUCAUCGAGCCUUCCUGGGGCCACGGCCACCGGCCCGACCACCGCGGCCGCCACAGCCACGGGCUGGCCGUCUGCGAGCUCUCGCGCUCCAGCCCCCUGCGGCUCUUCAGCCUGGUCUUUGCCUUGUCCGCCCACUCCGUUUUCGAAGGGCUGGCCCUGGGCCUGCAGGAGGAGGGCGACAGGGUCCUGAGCCUCUUUCUGGGCGUGGCCAUCCACGAGACGCUUGUGGCCGUGGCCCUGGGGGUCAACAUGGCCAAAAGUGGGCUGAGGAUCAAGGAGGCGUCCAAGCUGGCUGCCGCCGUCAGCCUGAUGAUCCCCCUGGGCAUCGGCAUCGGCAUGGGCAUCGAGAGCGCCCAAAACGUGGCCAGCAGCGUGGCCUCGGUGAUCCUGCAGGGGAUGGCCGGGGGCACCUUCCUUUUCGUCACCUUCUUUGAGAUCCUGGCCAAGGAGCUGGAGGACAAGAGCGACCGGCUGCUCAAAGUGCUCUUCCUGGUCCUGGGCUACGCGGUCCUGGCAGGGCUGGUGUUCUUCAAGUGGUGA